UAUAUGCGGCCUCCGAGUCAAAAAGUUUGGGGACCCCUGCAGUACACCAACAGCAGGUGGAUUGGGCUUUUAUGUUUACGACACCUCGACCAAAAUGUGACAACUUCUGUCUUUGACCCUUGCCGCGCGCUCUCAAAAGUCUGUGGCGACCAUUAAACCCAAGUUUGUAUGAUCUUCCUACGCACACGUAAACAAUCGGCGAUACAAAACACACCCGAGAAAGCACCAAAGUGAACACAUUUGGGGGGAAUCACACUAACGCCCGCUUGCUUUGAAGAUGAGUUAGCACUUCCGGGGGGCGCGGUCUCUCUCUGGUCGGCGCGUUGACGUCACCGAGCGGGGCUUUCCUCCAUGACGUAUCGAGGUGGAGGAAAGAAAAAAAAAAAAAAGACGGAGGAAGGAGGCGAGAGGCUGGCUCAGCUGCGUAGCUCCAAACCGAAAGAUCUUCCCUGAGUGGCCGCCUUGGGCAGCUUGGAGCUCCGCAGGAGACGCGGGGAGAAAGUGGACCUUUUUCCGCAACGCGUCGUGGGAAGCCGAGCGGCAUGCAGAGUGAGGACGCUCCUCUCGACGAAGGAUUUCAUCAAGCGAAACCUGUGGAUUCAUUUUCGGGGGAGGCUUUUUGAAGACUCGCAGGCAGACAUAUUUUUUGCGACGGCGGACGUUCAAAGACUUUGGUUGUCAUCUCUUUUUUACUGAAAGGCAAACACAUCCCUGCCUUGUUGGCAAACAGUCGGCCUCUCCUGGGAAAAUGGGUUCCGAAAAGGACUCGGAGUCGCCGCACUCCUCACUGAGCGGCGUCCCCAACCCGAAGUGCCGUGCGGCCGGUAAACGCCAGCGUCGCAUCUCCUUCCAGAGCCUCUUCAACGGCAAGCGGGGCUCCCGAGGCACCAGGGGCCCCAAAGGGGGGGCCGCCACCACUACCCCGCUGUCCCACCAUCUCUACACGUCGCAGCAGCAGCAGCUUCUACCGUCUGCCUUGAGCCCGCCGCCGGUUCCGGCCACACCCACCACCACCUCCACGACCACUGGAGCUCCCCAGGAAGGCGCCAGCAGUACCCCUUCCAGGGAACUCUCCUCCAGCCAGCCGUCCCUGAGCGGCGAGGCUCAGUCGGGUGAAGCCGACCUCCUGGAGUGCCCCCUGUGCCUGGUGCGCCAGCCCGCCGACCAGCUCCCCGAGCUGCUGGGCUGCAGCCACCGAUCCUGCCUGUGCUGCCUGCGCCAGUACCUCCGCAUCGAGAUCACAGAGAGCCGGGUCCAGCUCAGCUGCCCCGAGUGCGCCGAGCGCCUGGUGCCCAGGCAGGUGGCCGACAUCCUGGAUGACGCCGCCCUGCUGGACAAGUACGAGGAGUUCCUUUUGCGGCGCUGCCUCGCCUCCGAUCCCGACUGCAGAUGGUGUCCGGCGCCGGACUGCGGGUUCGCCGUCAUCGCCUCAGGCUGCGCCAGCUGUCCCCGGCUGGUGUGCCGCAGAGAGGGCUGCGGCGCCGAGUUCUGCUACCACUGCAAGCAGGCCUGGCACCCCAACCAGACCUGCGACUCUGCGCGCCAGCAGAGGGCGCAGUCCCUGCACACGCACAGCAACCACUCGCCCAGCUACACGCAAGAGCAGGGCGCCGCUGACGACAUCAAGCCGUGCCCGCGCUGCGGCGCCUACAUCAUCAAGAUGAACGACGGCAGCUGCAAUCACAUGACGUGCGCCGUGUGCGGCUGCGAGUUCUGCUGGCUGUGCAUGAAGGAGAUCUCCGACCUGCAUUACCUCAGUCCGUCUGGCUGCACCUUCUGGGGCAAGAAGCCGUGGAGCAGGAAGAAGAAGAUCCUGUGGCAGCUCGGGACCCUCAUCGGCGCCCCGGUGGGCAUCACGCUCAUCGCGGGCAUCGCCGUCCCCGCCAUGGUCAUCGGCAUCCCUGUUUAUGUCGGCCGCAAGAUCCACGCUCACUACGAGCUGAAGAAAGCGUCUCGCCACAGGAGGAACUUGGCCAUCACGGCGGGCGUGGCCUUGUCCGUCCUUUCCGCUCCCGUCAUCGCGGCCGUCAGCGUGGGCAUCGGCGUGCCCAUCAUGCUGGCGUACGUUUACGGCGUGGUGCCCAUCUCUCUGUGCCGAGGCGGCGGCUGCGGCGUGAGCAGAGGGAAGGGGCGGGGCGUACGCAUUGACUUUGAUGAGGACGACGGACCAAUCACAGUGGCAGACGCGUGGCGAGCCCUCAAGUCGCCGAGCCUCGGCGAGAGCAGCCUGGACGGGGCGGUCAGCGGCCUGAGCACCACCUCGCCCAGCGAGGGUCUCUCUGUGGUCCCGGGGACCGUCGGGGACACGCCUCACUUUAACACCCUGGCCAGCGGCGCCCUGGGGACCCGCACCGGCAAGUACAACAGGCUCGAGGUCCAGGCAGGCGAGCUGGCUAAAGAGUCCGCCCAGAAGGAGACGGGGAGCCUGGGGGCAGGAAGUGACUGUGCCAGCACCCGAGGGAUGGCCGGGUCCAUCAUCUCCUCCUACACGCUGCCCGACAGGGAAUGCACCAACCUGGAAAUCCAGGUGGACAUCGAGACCAAACCCAGCCAUCUCUGCCUGACCAGCGAGGAGGACCUGGCGCCGCCCGCCGGCUCCGUGGCCACGCCGGCCGCCUCGGCAGGGGAGGAGCCCCUGGACUGCAGCUCGAGAAGAGGCGGGGCUCUGUCCGGCUCCGCCCUGGAACUAUCCCGCGGCGGCUCAAUCCGGGAGGGCCUCCGAGACGUGACGCUGGCCCAGCCCGAGAGCAUCCGCAGCGACCUGGAGAUGUCGGACACGCAGUCGGACGACAUCGCCGAGCUGACGUCGGACGACUGCGACUCGCCCCGGCCCAAAGUCUGCGCGCCCUGCCAGCAGCGGCCCCCCUCCUGCCGAGCCCUGAGCCCCGCCACCGAAGGCCUUCACUGUCCCGCCGACGGCAACGUCAUCUUGUACGUGUGAGAGACCCUCGGCUCUCAGGAACGCAACCUCUACUCUUCUUUACUCUCAUUCGCUGCUUGUUGGCCUCCUGCAGACGUGUCUGUCUACCUGACAAUCUGGGGACAUUGUCAGAGUUCUACCUCUGAGAUUUAUAAGACCGUGACUCAUGUUUACUCGCCUGGCGCAACAUGCCUGAGCUACUUUUAAAAAAAAACACAAAAAAAAAGAGAGGAGAGGCGACAGAUCACAUGACGCGAGAAUGAUGGCCUUUGUGUGCGUGGUGGGUCUUUUUCUAUGGAGCUCAAUUCGUGCACUACAUUUGAAUUUUGUUUUUCAUCCAAUUAUGCCGACAAUUUCAUCACAUUUUCAUUCUCUUUAGUGUCAUAAUGUAAUUUAAUUUUCCGCAAGUGGUUCUUGAGUUUUGAGGCAACCAAUGUUUCUGCACUGACAUUUUUUUUUUACUCUGAAUUUUGACAAAAUCCAACAAUUUCAUGAAAUGGAAAAAAUUGUCAGCAAAAUGGGAGUGUUUACAAAAUCACUUUGUUAAAAUUAAUUGUGUGAAAAUUCAGUGCAGAAAUAUUUGUUGCUGCCAAACUCUAGACCAGGGGUCCCCAAACGUUUUGACACUGGGAGCUGCAUUGGGUCAAAAAAAAUGUGUGUGUGUGUAUAUAUAUAUAUUAGGGGUGUGGGAAAAAAAUCGAUUCGAAUUCAAAUCGCCAUUCUCACGUUGUACGAUUCAGUAUCGAUUCUCAUUUUUCAAAAAUCUAUUUUCUUUUAUUUUAUUUAUUUUUAUUUAUACUUUUUUUUUUUUUUUUGAUUAAUCAAUCCAACAAAACAAUACACAGCAAUACCAUAACAAUGCAAUCCAAUUCCAAAACCAAACCCGACCCAGCAACACUCAGAACUGCAAUAAACAGAGCAACUGAGAGGAGACACAAACACGACACAGAACAAUCCAAAAGUAGUGAAACAAAAAUGAAUAUUAUCAACAACAGUAUCAAUACUAGUUACAAUUUCAACAUAGCAGUGAUUAAAAAUCCCUCAUUGACAUUAUCAUUAGACAUUUAUAAAAAAUAAAAAAUUAACAAUAGUGUCACAGUGGCUUACACUUGCAUCGCAUCUCAGAAGCUUGACAACACACUGUGUCCAAUAUUUUCACAAAGAUAAAAUAAGUCAUAUUUUUGAUUCAUUUAAUAGUUAAAACAAAUUUACAUUAUUGCAAUCAGUUGAUAAAACAUUGUCCUUUACAAUUAUAAAAGCUUUUUACAAAAAUCUACUACUCUGCUUGCAUGUCAGCAGACUGGGGUAGAUCCUGCUGAAAUCCUAUGUAUUGAAUGAAUAGAGAAUCCUUUUGAAUCGGGAAAAAUAUCGUUUUUGAAUCGAGAAUCGCGUUGAAUCGAAAAAAAUCGAUUUAUAAUCGAAUCAUGACCCCAAGAAUCGAUAUUGAAUCGAAUCGUGGGACACCCAAAGAUUCGCAGCCCUAAUAUACAUAUAUAAAAACGCACACGUUAGGUCAGGAAAAAACACACAGGCUAUUUCAUCCCUACAAGCCUGUUUUGCAGGUUCUUCAGGGAAAAAUCCCCUGAAUAUCUCCUUCUCACCCCGGUGGGGUGGUAUCUGUGUCGUCCUCAAGCUCGGGUCCUCUACCAGAGUCCUGGGAGUUUGAGGGUUCUGCGCAGUAUCUUGGCUGUUCCUAGGACUGAGGCUUCAGAUGUUGUUCCUUGGAUCUGUUGGAGCCGCUCUCCCAGUUUGAGCGCCCCCACUACCACGGGGACCACGCUAGCCUUGACCUUUUACAUCCGUUCCAGCUGCUCUUUCAACCCUUGGUACUUCUCAAAUUCUCGUGUUCCUUCUUCCUGAUGUUGGCGUCAGCUGGGAUUGCCACAUCCUAUCACCACCACCCUUUCCUGCUCUUUGUCCACCACCACUAUGUCUGGUUGGUUAGCCAGAAGCUGUUUGUCAGUCUGGAAGCUGAAGUCUCACAGAACCUUGGGUCUGUUGUUCUCAGCCACCUUCUGUGGUAUGGCCCAUUGGGAUUUGGGUACUUCUAUUCCAUACUGGUUGCAGAUGCUCCUGUAUACCAUCCCAGCCACUUGGUUGUGCCUCUCCAUGUACGCUGAUCCAGCUAGCAUCUUACAGCCUGCUACCAUGUGCUGGACUGGGCAAAUUCUCGUGUUCCUUCUUCCUGAUGUUGGCGUCAGCUGGGAUUGCCACAUCCUAUCACCACCACCCUUUCCUGCUCUUUGUCCACCACCACUAUGUCUGGUUGGCUAGCCUGAAGCUGUUAGUCAGUCUGGAAGCCGAAGUCCCACAGAACCUUGGGUCUGUUGUUCUCAGCCACCUUCUGUGGUAUGGCCCAUUGGGAUUUGGGUACUUCUAUUCCAUACUGGUUGCAGAUGCUCCUGUAUACCAUCCCAGCCACUUGGUUGUGCCUCUCCAUGUACGCUGAUCCAGCUAGCAUCUUACAGCCUGCUGCCAUGUGCUGGACUGUCUCAGGGGCUUCUUUGCAGUCUGCAUCUUGGGUCUGAUCUACUCUGGUAGAUCCUGGCCCCUACGGCUCUUGUGCUUAUGGCCUGUUCUUGUGCUGCCAUGAUUAGUGCCUCUGUGCUGUCUGCCAGUCCUGCAUUUUCCAGCCACUGGUAGGAUUUCUUGAUAUCAGCCACUUCCUCUAUCUGACGGUGGUACGUGCCAUGUAGGGGCUUGUCCGUCCGGGUUGUCGGCUCCUCCUCCUCUGCACUCUCAUCAGGGUUCUGCUGCCUGAGACAUUCACUUAGCAGUUCAUCCUUCGGGCCAUUUUUUCUAUGUAUUCUUGAAUUUUCCGUGUUUCAUCCUGGACUGUGGCCUUGACGCUCACUAGGCCUCGGCCUCCUUCUUUCAGCUUAGAGUAUAGCCUCAGGGUGCUGGACUUGGGAUGGAGCUUUCUUGUCUUGAUAUCUGUGGCUUCUAUCUCCUCCUCUGGCCAGUUUAUGAUACCAGCGAGGUAUCUGAUGACUGGUAGUCCGUACAUGUUGAAGGCAUGGACUUUGUUCUUACCAUUCAGCUGACUUUUCAGGACCUGCCUUACUCCCUGGAGGUAUUUGGCUGUGGUUGACUUCCUUGUGGCCUCUUCAUGGUUUCCAUUAGCCUGUGGGAUGCCAAGGUACUUGUAGCUUUCUUGGAUUUCCCUCUGGUAGGUCAAUCCCCUCAGUCCUGAUCAUCUUGCCUCUCUUUGAGACCAUCCGGCCACACUUGUCCAAUCCGAAUGACAUCCCUAUGCCAUCGCUGUAGACCCUGGUGGUGUGGAUCAGUGAGUCUAUUUCUCGCUCGCUCCUGGCAUACAGCUUGAUGUCAUCCAUGUAGAGCAGGUGGCUGAUUGUUGCCCCACUACAGAAUCGGUACCAGAAGCCACUUUUCAUAAUGAUCUGACUGAGGGGGUUCAAGCCUAUGCAGAACAGCAUUGGUGAUAGAGCAUCUCCUUGCUAUAUGCCGCACUUGAUGUUGACUUGGGCAAUCAACUUUGAAUUGGCCUCUAGGAUUGUCUUCCACAUUUCCAUUGAGUUCUGGAUGAAGGCCCUUAGGUUCCUGUUGACCUUAUACAGUUCCAGACAUUCCAGUAUCCAUGUGUGCGGCAUUGAGUCGUAGGCUUUCUUGUAGUCAAUCCAGGCAGUGCACAGGUUGGUCUGUCUCUUCUUAUGUGGGAGACAACCCUUGAGGCCAAUUCAAAGCCGAUUGCCCAUAUAUAUAUAUAUAUAUAUAUACACACACAUACACGUUAGGUCAGGAAAAAACAGGUCAUUUUAUCCCUACAAGCCCUGCUCUUCAGGGAAAAAUCCCCUGAAGAGCAGGGAAACCUGCGAAACAGGCUUGUAGGGAUGAAAUAGCCUCUGUGUUUUUUCCUGACCUAAUGUAUGUUCCGCUCUACCCCGGUAUUGAGCAGUGUAUAACGGAUAAACCACAGAAUGUAUAUA